AUGAAUGAGAUGGCGGCCGCCAACGACCAUUCUCCACAACAACAUGGAAAUGGAAGCAGUGGAAGUGGGGCCUCUACAAAUGGACCAAUUAGUUAUGCACAGACUGACAAGCUUGUCAAGUCUGCUGAGGAGAUUGAGACGAAGCGUCACUUUGGCAAUCAGUUCAAUGCACUCUUUAGGAAGAGUGCCACUUAUCAAUGGCGUCAAUAUCGUACCAAUGCUUGUCAGAUUGCAUUGCCACUACUUUUGAUUAUACUAUUAUUUGUACUACAACAGAUUGUAAACAACUUUAUCAAGGACCAACAAGGUACUACGCUCCCAGCUAGACUUCAUCAACCAACUGUCCAACCAGCACUCUACGAAACUAAUGAGACCAUUGUUGGAAACUGUUUUAAAUAUCCACCGGGAAUGUACAACCGCAGCGUCAUGUAUAUUGACGAAAGCAACAAUCCAAUCGUCUCCAACAUGAUGAACUUGGUACCACUCUAUGUCAACCAACAAAACAUCACCAUUCCACUCAUCUUUGCCAUGUCCUUUGUUGGUACCUUUGCCACAUAUUGCUCUGACACACCUAGUAUGGUGAUGCCAUUGUCCACCCAGAUUGGCGCAGCAACUUAUGAACAGUUCAAGGCUGAUACGUUCAAUAACUGGAAGACAAAGACUAUCAAUGGUGCCUACCACUUUGGCACAGUCGAUCAGAACAAACUCGAGGUGUCUCUACUUUACAACCGUUCCAUCUCAUUCGGUAAUGAGUUGGGUCUGCUCUACACUAUGGCCACACGUUCCUACCGUGCCCUGACCGGUCAGAACAUCACCCAAAUCAUCUUUGACGGUAUCCGUGACUUCCCAACCAAGCAAACCUCCUUCACCUUUGAUCUUAUCUCACUUAUUGGACCAACUCUAUAUAUCUUCAUCUUCCAGUUGAUCCUUCCAGUCGUUCUCAGACUUAUUCUUUAUGAGAAGGAGAACAAGCUUAGAGAGAUCAUGAAGAUGAUGGGUCUCGAAAUGAAGACAUACUGGCUCGUUACCUAUAUAUUCUCAUACUCCAUCUAUCUGUUUGCCAUGCUCUUGGUUUGGGCACUUGGCGCAAUAUUCAGAUUCAGAUACUUCACAAUCAAUAAUGGACUGCCGAUAUUCUUACUGAUAUUCUUCUGGGGGCAUCUCUUGGUCAGCUUUGCCUUCUUCGUCUCGGUGUUCUUUACAAAGACUGACACGGCAACAGUAGUUGGCUACAUCUGGGUCUUUGGCACUGGUAUCCUGGCAUCGAACGUCAUUGACAAUAUCCUCAAGAAUGACUCCACCCCCGCAGGCUCCGUGUUUGUCAUCUCCAUCUUCCCGCCCUUUGUCCUAUACCGCGGUCUGCUGGUCCUCGCCCGUGCCGUCGCCUACGACGGUCCAGGUGUCAAGAUCGCCACACUCAACGACCCCGGUAUCGAGAUGGGCAAUAUCUACGCCUUCAUGGUCGUCGAGACCAUCAUCUUCCUGGUGUUGGCCCUCUACCUUGAGGAGGUUCUGCCAUCUGACUAUGGUGUAAAGCGUCAUCCACUCUUCUUCCUCAAGCGCUCAUACUGGUCCGGCCGCAAGACCGAGCAGGAGCCCGUUGAGAUGUUGUCAGUGCGCGAGGGUGAGCCACAUGAUGUUGCCGAGGAGAGAAAGCGUGUCUUGGAGUCAAAGGAGCUUCUGGCACUCGAGGUGCUCGAUCUGAACAAGGUGUACCCUGCCCGCGAUGGCGCCAAGAAGAAGGUCGCCGUCAAGUCACUGGCUCUCGGAGUCGACCAAGGUAUUUGCUUUGGUUUCCUCGGACCAAACGGUGCCGGCAAGUCCACCACCAUCUCUUGCGUCAGCGGUCUGUUCCCACCAACCAGUGGCACAGCCAAGGUGUUUGGCAUGGACAUCCGUAACGAGAUCGACAACGUACACAUGAUCAUGGGAGUCUGUCCACAGGACAACGUGCUCUGGGACGAUCUGACUGGCGAGGAGCACUUGCUAUUCUACGGACGCAUCAAGAACAUGAAGGGCAAGCAGCUGAGUAAUGCAGUCUACGAGGGACUCAAGCAGGUGAACCUCCACGAGGAGACCUCCAAGAAGUCUGGCGAGUACAGUGGUGGCAUGCGUAGACGUCUGUCUGUCGCCUGCUCGCUCAUGGGCAACCCCAAGAUCGUGCUGUUGGACGAGCCAUCCACUGGACUCGACCCAGCUUCGCGUAAGCAGCUCUGGGACAUCAUCAACAACUACAAGCGCAAGUGUGCCAUGUUGCUCACGACCCACGCCAUGGAGGAGGCCGACGCCCUGUGCGACCGUCUCGGUCUGUUUGUUGGCGGUGAGCUCAAGUGCAUUGGUAGCAGCAGCGAGCUCAAGUCGCGCUUUGGCAAGGGCUACAAGGUGAUGAUGACCGUCGAGCUGGGCCACGAGACCGAGGCCCAGAAGUUCCUGUUUGAGCAGAUCCCACAGGCCAACCUGUUGAAUGCGCUGGCCGGUACAUUCAACUACGAGGUGCCAUCCAACUCGGUGGAGCUGUCAGUGUUGUUUGCCGCGUUCGAGCAGAACAAGGAGAGACUGCACAUCACCGACUGGGGCAUCAGUAAUUCCACGCUCGAGGAGGUCUUCAUCAAGAUCACCAUGGGCAAGCAGAAUGAGAAGGGAGAAGCAUCCUCCAGGGUGUUGUUGCUUGGGAUAUCCUUGCGCAAGGGUAUAUCCAUCUCUGCCCAUUCCAUCGUAUAA